AAUGACUGCGGAGAGGAAAAGCGCGGUGGAAGCGACGAAAACCGGAAGAAAAACAAGCAAAAUCGCUCACAGCUGCUGAAAUAAAUCUCUCGUGACUAUUGGGUCAUCAAUGGCCGUCGUAUCCUUUAGCAUGAAAAUGUUAGGAACUAUUUUUUCUUUGUUUUUUAUGCUUUUUCGUUUUAUGUUUUGUCUUUCGCUUCUCGAGACCCUAGGGGCAUCAGAAGAAGGCAGGGGAGGGAGAACUCGGGAAAAAGAAAAUCGGGGUGCGGGAAAAAUACGAGGUAGCAAGAGAAGGAAGAAAUGGAAAAUAAACGGAGCUUUAACACGGGAAGAGGAAGAUAAGGGUGAAAAAAGGAAAACGAGCUGCCACUACCUGGGAAGGAUAAGCAGUGCCCAAGGCUUUUUGACGGCCGAACAGAGAGAGAGAGAGAGAGAGAGGGAGGGAGGGAGAGAGGGAGGGAGAAUUGGGAGGAGUGAGGGGGAAGGGAAGGAAAACGAGGAACGAGCAAGCAGCAGGAGGUGGUCCAGGAGGAGGAGGAACACCAAAGGAAUCUCACUCUUUGGCUGCAGUUGCUGCUUAUUGCUGCUGGUUGCUGCUGGGGGGGAGAAGGGAAGGGAAAGGGAAAGGGAAAGGCACGCCCGCCAAAACGGCACGCAGAAAGAAAAGCCGGCAACACCGCGACCGCUUAGUCGGGUCCGGUCUGGUCUGGUCUUUUUUUUUCUGCUCUUCCGCGAAUCCACACCCCAAGGAAGGGAGAAAGAGGGAAAACAAAAAAGAAAAAUUGAAAUAAAAUAGAAGAAAGAUUGAUGGGGAUGGCUGAACGCACUCUGCUGCACUGCACUGGAUAGAUCGUGCGGGAAAUGUGAUGGAGAGAAAGCAACGAGAGAAGCGCGGCUUGCCCCCAAAGUCAGGAACACCCGGUCUGACUCCCUAAUUCCAACAAUAGAUGAAACUGUCAGAAGGAUGUUGGAGAUGGUAGAAAGACAAUAGCCAGCGAAUGUUAAAUAAGGGCCACCCUACCCGAAACGGAUGUUGAAUGGGUAAG